GGAAUACGGGUGGGAGGAGAAAAAAAAACAAAAACGUAGGCGCUCCUGACGCUGUGACUUGUACAGACAUACUGAGGCAUAGCAGUUGAUCCGGUUCGGUUUGAACGAUCCUGCUCAUGAUACUGUAUUAAUGACCUUGUGCACGCUGUGGUGAGGAGACUGUUGUGCUGGAGGAAAUCUCUCCCCCCAGUCGAGAUAAGGCUGUAGCAGACAAUGGCUCCAUCAGUGCGCUUGCAGGAAAUGAUCCGGGCAAUCCGAAGCGCCCGGACUCAAGCGGAGGAGCGGGCGGUUAUCCAGAGAGAGUGCGCUGCCAUCCGAGCACAGUUUCGUCAAACUGACACCGAAGGCCGUUUUCACAAUCUAGCCAAACUCUUAUACGUGCACAUGUUGGGCUAUCCUGCACAUUUUGGCCAGAUGGAGUGUGUACACAUGAUAGCCAGCUCUCGGUACAGCGAGAAACGGAUCGGAUACCUGGGCGCCAUGAUGCUCCUGGAUGAGAAGCAAGAUGCCAGCCUGCUUAUCACCAACUCCAUCAAGAACGACCUUUCGCACGGCAGUCAGCACGUGCAGUCUCUGGCUCUGUGCACUCUGGCCUGUAUGGGUUCUGCCGAGAUGUGUCGAGACCUGGCCCCGGAAAUCGAGCGUCUCCUCAGGGCCUCCAGCUCCUACAUCAGGAAGAAGGCAGCUCUGUGUGCGGUCCACAUCGUGCGGAAAGUUCCCGACAUCGGAGAGAUGUUCACACCUGUUGCAGGCUCUCUGCUCUCGGAGAGGAACCACGGAGUUCUACACGGUGCCAUAGUCCUGAUCACGGAGCUGUGUGAUCGCAACCCUGACACUCUGGAGCAGUUCCGCAAGUCUGUUCCACAGCUGAUUCAAAUAAUGAAGGAUCUUAUAACAUCCGGUUAUUCUCCUGAACACAACAUAGCUGGCAUCAGUGACCCUUUCUUGCAGAUUCGUAUUCUCAGAUUGCUCAGGAUUUUAGGGCGCAAUAACGACGCAGCCAGCGACCUUAUGAACGACCUCCUAGCACAGGUGGCCACCAACACCGACAGCAGUAAAACCGCAGGCAGCGCCGUGCUGUACGAAACAGUGCUCACUGUCAUGGACAUCAAAUCAGAAAGCGGUCUCCGGGUUCUGGCUGUGAAUAUUCUCGGACGGUUUCUUUUAAAUAACGACAGGAAUAUCCGCUAUAUAUCCAUGACGUCGCUCCAGAAGAUCGUCCAGACCGACCACAAUGCAGUACAACGACACAGAGGUACUAUUGUGGACUGCCUGAAGGACCAGGAUGCUUCAGUUAAACGUCGUGCUUUAGUGCUUUCACUGGCUUUAGUAACCGCGGCGAACAUCCGCUCCAUGAUGAAAGAGCUCCUGGCUUUUCUGUCCACCUGUCCGCCAGAGCUACGUGCAAACACGGCGUCCGGUAUAUUCAACACAGCUGACCGGUAUGCACCAUCUCAACGCUGGCACAUCGACACCAUCCUGCAUGUCCUCAUCACGGCAGGGAGUGAUGUGAGAGAUGAGACCGUGCCUAACCUAGUUCAGCUCAUCGCUACAGCAUCCAAGCUUCACUGCUACACAGUUCAUAAACUAUACAGAGCACUAAUCACUGAUAUUUCACAGCAAUCUCUGGUUCAAGUAGCCUGCUGGUGUAUAGGGGAGUACGGUGACUUGCUGCUGAAAGGAGACUGCGAUGACAUAGAACCUAUGCAGGUAACGGAGGAUGAUGUCCUCGACGCCUUGGAAACGGUCUUGCAGUCGCACAUGUCCUCUUCCGCAACCAGGGGAUUUGCCCUAACUGCCAUCAUGAAGCUGAGCACCCGCAUAACAGCCAACGUGGACCGGAUCAGGAGUAUAGUUAGUAUCUACGGCAGCUGCAUUGAUCUGGAGCUUCAGCAGAGAGCAGUGGAAUACAACGCCCUCUUCAAAAAAUAUGACCACAUAAGGGCUGCUGUGUUGGAAAGGAUGCCUGUAGCCGAUAAGAACUUGACCGGUUCGGCCAACAGAGACGCAAUCAAAGAGUCCACUAAAGACCAGAAGCCACUCGCUGCGGUGUCGGUGUUGCCCCCAGAACCGGCGAAUCAGGUGUGUGACCUUUUGGACUUGCUGGGUGACACUGAUGCACCUCUCCAGGAAAGCAACGUCAACGUCAACACGACGCACAACUCCACUAGUUCGAGUUCGAGUUCAAGCGGGAACCUGCUAGAUUUGCUAGAAGGUCUACAGGCCACUUCUGCUCCUAGUGUCACUAUGUAUGAUAAAGGAGGAGUGAGCCUCAAACUUCAGUGUGACAAACAGACAGAAAACGGCAUCACGGUCACUUUCACGGCUUUUAACUCCACGCUGAGUGACGUCACCAACUUUACCCUCCAAGCAGCGGUACCUAAGAGUGUACAGCUUCAAAUGAAAGCUCCAAGUGGAGAAGUGAUUCCAGCACAAAACUGUGGUACAAUCACUCAGACUGUUUUACUCAACAGUACCAGCAAGGCGAACCUAAAGAUGCGAGUACGGGUGUCUUACUCCAUCCAGGGCACGGUCUGUCAGGAAACAAUACAGAUCGACUCCUUUCCAAGCCCUGCUUCGAACUGACUGUGGCAUUUGCCCUGGGUCUGAUACGCUAUCAGAUCUUAAAGGGAAUGUCAUUGUUAUUGACGUACCAAGAACGCCACUGUAUCUCUGAUGGAUAUCUGUUGUAUGUUCUUAUUCCCUGGCAAGUGCAGUCGCAGAUUUUAUUCAGGCUCCGUCUCAAAAUCCACCAAUAACCAGUGGAUAAAAUCAAUGUACAUUUAGUAAACAAAUGUUUGUGGGGUUUUUUUGUUCCUUUUUUAAAGAUUAAAAAUAAUAUAAUAACAAUAAUAAUAAUAAUAAAAGCUGUUCAUAUGAAAACGAAUGGCUAGAUGGAAAUCCGAGCCAGUGUUUAGUUUAACGUUUUACGGUUGUUCUUGGGUGAUCAUUUUGGCUAAUAAACCUCCCGAUUCUCUUCUACCCUAAGAUGAAAAUGUAAUCGCUUAAAAAUGUAAAUUAUUUUCACCAACACAGUCACUACCAACGGUUCAUUCGCAUUGGAAUCUAUGAAAACUCUAGUGAUUAUUUUAUUUUAUUUUUUUAUUUUUUUUAAACACUGUAAUUAGUUUCUUCGUAACACGUAUAUACAUACAAUUAAACUCCGACCUAUACCGGUAACAGCUAGCUAAGGGAUGGGUCUCUGGGUGUGUAAACAUCUUGACUGAAUCCAGAUCCUGAAUCCAGAUCUACAUGUUCAGGUUAUUGGUCCAUGUACAUUGAAUUCAUUCAUUUCAUUUUAAAAAUAAAGAAAAAACUUUCCUGUC